UUUUGGUGGGCAUGUUUAAUCCCUGAAUGCAAUCAUUAAGCCUAAAAGAUGGAAGCCAUAUUCAUUUUUGGAUGACUUGCUUCUUAUGAACAAAAUUAUCCAUCAUCAAGUGCUAUUUCAGUGGAAAUUGUAUGGAAAGUGGAAACAUAUUUCAGGUAAAGUUGAGCAGUUCCUGAAACGGAGAACCAGGUUCCAAAUAAUAAUUGGCAUUGCAAGAGGAUUGCAGUACUUACAUGAGGAUUCACACUUACGAAUUGUUCACAGAGACAUCAAAGCUAGCAACAUUCUUCUUGAUGACAAAUUUCAACCAAGGAUUGGAGAUUUCAGGUUGGCUCGGUUCUUUCCUGAAGACCAAGCUUAUCUUAGCACUGCACCUGAAUAUGCUAUUAGGGGAGAAUUGUCUGAAAAGGCAGACAUCUAUAGUUUUGGAGUUCUUGUGCUUGAAAUCAUUAGUUGCAGGAAAAACACUGACCUUACUUUACAAUCGGAAAUGCAGUACCUCCCUGAAUACAUAAGCGUUCGCAUUUUCAUAAUUCAUAUUUACUCAUUGGUUAUAGAUUUUCUUCACCUAAUAUAAGACUUGGCUACUCAUUCAUAUAUUCUUAACAGGCUUGGAAGCUAUAUGAGAGGUCAACGGUGCUAGAUCUAGUUGAUCCAAAAAUGCGAGAAGAUGGGUUUGAGGAGGAGAAUGUUUUGAAAGCAAUCCAUGUAGCCUUCUUAUGCCUUCAGCCACAUGCAAAUCUCAGACCCCCCAUGUCGGAGAUCGUAGCCAUGUUGACAUGCAAAGUUGAAUUGGAUAAAACACCAAUGAGACCUCCCUUCGUUGACCGAAGACGAAAGAUCAACGAGAAGAACCAUUCAUGGGACACUAUAUCUGAUGCUUUCCCUUCUCAAUUGAAUAGUGUGUCCCCAUCAUUACCCAAAACACCUUACUAAGGGAAAUUUCGUGCUGCCAUUGUUUAGAGGAGAACAGGAAGAAGAAUCUAAUGCAGUGUUUCAAUUCAUUUUUGAGAAAAAGGCAACAUGCUUUUUCUCACACUUUCUGCUUUUAUUUUAUAGCUCUUACCCCCUUAAUGUUUUUUCAGAUAUAUAUACUUGAAGAGGAGUUAUAAGGUAGCAAGUCCUUUCAGUAAUUGCAGUAUUGCACAAAUGAGUUUGUGCGGUUGUUAUAUGUUGACGAAAGGAAGAAGGUGGACUCCAUCUUUGUAAAGUUCUCAGUGAACUUUAUGAUUUGCUAUAUGUGAUGAACGAUUGU